UUCCUGCGCGUCCCCGGCCCCUCCUCUCUAGACCCUCCUCCAGGGCUGGGGCUGGGGGGGCUCCGCGUCCUGACCAACCCCGGAGGUCUCUCCACGUUCGCACUUUGUCGGCGUAGUGCUGGGGGUAGGGUGGAGGUUGUGCGUGGCCACCGAAGCGGGACCUUCAUUCCGCUGGGGCCACGGCCGCGCGCUCCCCGCGAGCACCCACUAGCUCGCCGCCCGGAUCCCCUCCGGCCGCAGUAACCCUCGGGGACCUGUCUGGGUUCACCUAAGGGGGAGCUUCCCCCCCCCCCCCCUUUUCGGAGGAAGCGGCUGAGUUUGGCAGCAGAAGGUGGGAUCUCCCACCCUCCCCGGGCAAUAAACAGAGGCGAACUUGUUAGGCGCCCCUGGGAUCUCAAGAGGGGCUUGCGAGUCGGUGUUCUGGUCAUUUCUGGCGCCGAAGCCGGAUUGCACAGGUGCGGAACGGUUGCAGCCUAUAUGCAGCAGCCGACUUGGGCGUUUCGCGUUAUUCUCUCCCCCAGCCCCGUCAACGUGACGCUUCAGCAGCUGGGGCGAGGGGUGGGAAUGUGGGGGCAACGGAGAGGGAGAAUGCCAGGGCUCGAUAUGCCAGGCCGGUGCCCGGAGUCGCCAAAACUGAAGACAACCAGUCUGCUUAUCUCGCAUCUAUGCAGAUGAGCCCGUUGUAUUCUUAUCCGCCCCCCCUCCCCCCUCACCGCCCCGGUUCCCUGGUCUCUGGUGCCCAGCAUGGUCGGGUAGAAACCUGUUCCAGAGAAGUUGUUUGGAUAGGCUGAUGAAUUCUUUCAUCUGAUGUACAAAAAUCAGGGCUCUCAACGAGGAAAUGCUAGUUACUCUGAUGCUUUUUAAAGGCAGAGUGUUGGAUACUCGAAACACCCACCGACCCCGUCUUCGCAGGACCUUUCUAGCCUCCCAGGGGCCCGAGCUCUAAGGUGAAUGACCCUUGAGAGACAGGUUGGGCCUCAGAACGUGUUAGUCUCCUGCAAAGAAAAAAAAUCGGGUCUCCCCAUCAGCACUCCUCAGCAUGGGUUUGGGGAUCCUCGGUUGCCCCUCCGGGGGAAAAGCAUCCACCCAGACUUGUCCCUUUUCCGCGGAAGGGCUGAAGUGUUCUGCAGUUGUUGGAGAAAGGCCCAAGGGUUGGUUUCAUCCCCCCUCUAAUGUGAUGAAGUAGAAUAACGUUCAUGGAAGCUUCGGGCAGAGCAUUUCCAGCUGAAAGGAGGCCCUGGGAAAAAAAACCUUUCUCAGCCAAGCCCAUGCCGGUGGCACGUUCGUUGAGUGAGCCUUGCACCUAGUCUCGGUGCUGAGGGGAAUGAUGCAUUCCAUGCUCCGUAAUGGGAGUGGAGACUUAGGAAUACCGGGGAGAAAGCGGUGAAAUCUGAGCCUCAUGAAUAAUGACAUCUUAGUUGAGAAAGAAAACUGUUCAGAACUGAAUGGUAAAACCACAUUACAUUUUUGUCCAAAUUAAGACUAGAGGAAAUCUAAUAAUAAUACCUUGCAUUUUGAAUCCGUGCCUUGUUAGUGAAUGUUUUUCAAUGCUCAUUAAAUUCUAACCAUUUCUGGGGGAGGCAGGGCAAAGAUUAUUAAGCACAUACUCGCAGUGGGAACGUGAGGCCCACAGAUUCAGGGACUUACCAAGGUAACAGGAGGCUGGAAUUAGAGUCACAGCCACGUUCUCUGAAAUACACCACCCCCCUCCCCCAUCACCGUAGUGCUGGCUCUGAACUUUAAGGUUUUCACGAUGGCCAGAGUGCUUCUGCAUUUCUUGUGGUCUGUGCUGUCUCACUGUGAAUCACUGUUCACAUUUGACAGAUGAGGAAACUGAGGUUUAGACCGGGAUGGGACUUUUCCAUGGUAUCCUGCCUAAGCUAGUGGAGGUUACAAGAUAACAGAGCUCUUGAUGUCCCGUCCACCGCUUUGCAAAUGAUGCCAUCAUUGCGCUUCUGAUGGCGAUGAGGGGACAUCACGGAUACUGCAGUACAUUGGGGGACUAUUAACCGUGUCUGCUGGUGACCUGAGUUCUAGUUCAGGCACUCUUUUUGGCUGUGUGACCCCGGGCCAAAUCAUACCACCUCUGAGCUUCAAGUGUCCCACAUACACAGUAAGAAAUUAAAAAUGAAUUAUUUUUUUCUUUCUAGUCUUAGCAUUUUAUAAUGCUUAUCGAUGUGUUUUUAAUCCAUCUCAUCAUUUUCUCUAGGGGAAAGAAAGUUUUUUUUCACCCUGCCUUGAGUAAGGGAUUUAGCUAAUUAUCUCUUCCCCUUGUAAUUUACUCCCGCUUCCCACUGACCACGUCCCACUUAGUGAGGGGGAGAAAAUUCUGAGGGCACUUUAACUUAGCAUUCCUAUUGUUUAGUGUUACUAUUUGACUUGGAAAUAUCCUGCUGGGCUGACCUACUGUAAAAUACAUAUUAAGAUUCACUUGGCUAUCCCAGUCAACUCAUACCUUUAGUAUAUUUUUAGCUUUGGAGUUUGUAUGUAGUAACACUCAAGAAAUAGCUGUUGAAUGAAGGGGGUGAGUGAAAUCACUCAUAAGGAAAGCACAUGCUGUGAAACAAAGCAAGUGUCUCGCCAUGUAAAUUCCCAACAUCUGCUGACCCAUAAGGUAAUUUACCUACAGGAGGUGCGCCUCCUGAAGCUGGCAGAGACAGGUGCCUGUUACUCUCCUUCCUGAAUACAUCAUAUAAAGAAGAGUUUUUCUUUCUCCAUGUAGGCAAUAGACUCAUGUUGUCUCUGUCAUGCUCUUUUGCUCCCCUUUCCCUCCCUUAGUUGCUAGUAAUGGGUAGCUGGCUGUGCAUUGCUAGACAUUGACUUAUGCCCUUUUGUAAGAGUCUUGAGAUGGAGAAACCUACCCCCCCCCUUUUUUUUUUUUUUUUUGAGUAAGUUUCAAGCAGCUGCUAAUACUGGCUAGAGGUUUCACAGAGGAAACCUAAUUAACAAAACCAACCUAGUUUCUGUUCCCUUUAAGGGUCCUCUUUCUACCCCUCCUUCCCAUAUACACAGGAGUUGUGUUUUUAUUUUCAGAAGAAUGAUGAAGAAUUAGAAUGGUUCUUAAAUAUUAUGAACAGAUCCAGCCAUUGGGAUUGAGGUGUAUGUCUUCGUGAUAAAGAAUUUAAAUGUUAAAUAGUUCAGAGACUUGUCGCUUUUACGGGUAAGACAACUGAGGAAUCGAGAGGUGAAUUGGCUUACUCAGGGUCCCACCUAUGUUUUGCAAGAAUUCUUAGGGAGGUUCACAUUUAAGGUUGCGCUGGGGGUUCUGUGGUGAAGGUGCAUUCUUGAUUUUUAAAAAUCAUGGAGAUUAACAGAAAACUUCUCUUUACUAGUAAUAGUAGAGUGUCAUAAUUUUAAGCGAUUUAGUAUGGAGAUUUGUAAGUUUCUCAUCCAAGCAGACACCAUUAGAGAGAAAAUGUUUGUCUGUUUUCAUCUAUUCACUCUGAUUCUCCUGACUUAUGUAGAUCAUCAGACUCAGAAUUAAUACUUUGUUGCAACCAGUGCUUGAAGAAAGGGAACAGUUGGAAUAGAAAUACAAAUGUAUGGUGGUUUUCCAGGCUUCUUUUCCUGGUAAAUAAAACCAGAAGCCAAAGGUGGCCUUGCUGUAGAGCCAGUGAAGUCAUAAAUAUGUAUACGUUUAAUUUGCAUUUUCAUUUUCCUUGUACUUCAGUUAAAUGGGAGUCCGAAGUUUGAUAUCCUGGGGGGAAAAAUACAUUUUUUUUUUUUUUUUUACUAUGGCUAGAACCUUCAUUAGCUACACUGUAAAACAUCAAGUCCUAAAUGUAUUUGUUGCAGAAAUGUGUUCUUUGUAUCAAGUGUAUUAACCUGAGUUGGAAAGAGUCCUUUCUUUUUUAGAAGCUGCCCAGUUAGAACUGUACAUUAUGUAGCUCAGCUGUUCAUUUGUGGAUUCAUGUAUGGCAAUUCUCAAUGCAAGGAAAAUUAGGGAGGAAACCUAGCCUUCGGUUUUAUUUAAUAUUUUUCUUUCUGAAAAAAACAUCUAAACCUAGUUUAGUGAUGAAAUUUUUGAAAUACUGUAUAGAAAACCAUUGGCUGCCAUUGAUGAAGUAUUUUAUUCAGCCAGGCUCCUUUCAGUAUAAAAGAUGAGGCCCGAGAAAACACGCUUGAUUUUGUGUAUUCCAGUUACAAUCGUAUCUACUUCUGUCUGGUUUUGCAGGAGGUGUAUAAAGGAGACCAUGAUAGAGGAACAUACAGGAAUUGUACUCACAGGUUACUCCUGGAUGUCGUCUGCUGCUGAAAAUGGAGAUGCAGCAUCUGGAAAACAGAACGAAGAAAAAACUUACAAAAAGACUGCAUCAUCUGCUAUCAAAGGUGCUAUUCAGCUGGGGAUAGGAUACACCGUGGGCAAUCUCACUUCGAAGCCGGAUAGAGAUGUUCUCAUGCAAGACUUUUACGUGGUGGAAAGUGUGUUCCUACCCAGUGAAGGGAGCAAUCUGACCCCAGCACAUCAUUACCCAGACUUCAGAUUUAAGACCUAUGCUCCACUGGCAUUCCGAUAUUUCAGAGAACUUUUUGGUAUCAAGCCUGAUGAUUACUUGUAUUCCAUCUGUAGUGAACCUCUAAUAGAGCUGUCCAACCCCGGAGCCAGUGGAUCCUUGUUUUUUGUGACCAGCGAUGAUGAAUUUAUCAUCAAAACCGUUCAGCAUAAAGAAGCUGAGUUCCUUCAGAAGCUACUGCCAGGCUAUUACAUGAAUUUGAACCAGAAUCCGAGGACUCUUUUGCCAAAAUUUUACGGACUGUACUGCAUGCAAUCGGGGGGCAUUAACAUCAGGAUCGUGGUAAUGAACAACGUCUUACCGCGCUCCAUGAGAAUGCACUUCACAUAUGACCUGAAAGGCUCCACGUACAAGCGAAGAGCUUCCCGAAAAGAGAGGGAGAAAUCCAACCCCACCUUCAAGGACUUGGAUUUCCUGCAGGACAUGCACGAAGGCUUAUAUUUUGACACAGAAACUUACAACGCGCUCAUGAAAACACUUCAGAGAGACUGCCGGGUGCUGGAAAGCUUCAAAAUCAUGGACUAUAGCCUUUUGCUGGGAAUCCACAUCUUGGACCAUUCCCUCAAAGAGAAAGAAGAGGAGAACUCACAAAACGUGCCUGAUGCUAAACGGUCGGGGAUGCAGAAGGUCCUCUAUUCGACAGCAAUGGAAUCCAUCCAGGGUCCAGGGAAACCAGGAGACGGGAUCAUCACAGAGAACCCGGACACAAUGGGAGGCAUUCCAGCUAAAAGCCAUAAGGGAGAAAAACUACUUUUGUUUAUGGGCAUUAUUGACAUUCUGCAAUCAUAUAGGUUAAUGAAGAAGUUAGAACAUUCCUGGAAAGCGCUUGUUUAUGAUGGGGAUACUGUUUCAGUUCAUCGACCAAGCUUUUAUGCUGACAGAUUUCUAAAGUUUAUGAAUUCCAGAGUUUUCAAGAAAAUUCAAGCUUUGAAGGCCUCACCUUCUAAAAAACGGUGCAACUCCAUCGCUGCCCUGAAGGCAACCUCCCAAGAGAUCGUGUCCUCAAUUAGCCAGGAAUGGAAGGAUGAGAAGCGGGAUCUGCUGACCGAGGGGCAGAGUUUCAGCAGCCUUGACGAGGAAGCCCUGGGAUCCCGACACAGGCCGGACCUGGUGCCUAGCACUCCUUCACUCUUUGAAGCUGCUUCCUUGGCAACCACGAUUUCUUCUUCUUCCUUAUAUGUCAAUGAACAUUGUCCACACGACAGGACUACGCUCUAUUCAAACAGGAAGGGUCUUGGGACGAGGAGUCACUGCCUGAGAUUAAAGCCCAGUCAUGAUUUGAAAAUGAAAAUAAGGGGCGCCUGGGUGGCUGAGUCGGUUGAACGUCUGACUUCGGCUCGGGUCAUGAUCUCGCAGUUCGUGAGUUCGAGCCCCACGUCGGGCUCUGUGCUGACAGCUCAGAGCCUGGAGCCUGCUUCGGAUUCUGUGUCCCCCUCUCUCUCUGCCCCACCCCUGCUUGGGCUCUGUCUCUCUCUGUCUUUCAGAAACAAAUAAACAUUAAAAAAAAAAAAGAAAGAAAGGAAAGGAAAGGAAAAUAAGUCCAAGUUGUUCCUUUUAGAGAUGCCAAUGCUGAACACCUCCCAAAUCUUCCCAGCCAGGUACUGCCCUUUCUCUGCCCACUGGAGCACUUUCGAUUCCUCUGCCCCUAAACUGCUUAUGUUUCUAAUGACUCAGGACGGGCUGUUGCCCUAUCCAGCAGACACGGGUAGUUUAUGCGACAUUUCCCAGUCAUUCAAAUCAGAGCUUAUAAUUAGUCUGGCACUGGCCUAGCCACACACGAGAAAACUUGUCAUUCCAAACAUCUCUGAAGCCAGCAGCCACACUGAAAAUCAAUUCUGCGUGUGGUUUUCCAAUAGCCCUGAACGGUUCUGGUUACAAUACACGUCUUUGAAAGUAAAGCUGCCUUAUCAUCUGUUCUCAUAUUAUUUUUUCCAGCAGCUUCUGCAGACUUGAUAGUAAUUUGGAUGCUGACCAAAUGAGGCCACGUUUCUGCUGAGGGUAGUCAUUUCAGCCCUCUGCAUUUUUAGCCCAUUGGUAUACAGAAGGCCUGAGUAAACUCUAAAAUCUAAGGCGCAAAUAUUACCUAAAGAUUUCUGGUAAAUAAUAAAGGCUCAACAAAUGCUUGGUGGAUUUUACUGAGGGUAGGGCCUUUCUUUUUAAAGCUAGAAAACGUAAUGUCCAGUAGAGAAGAGGAAUAGUACUUUUCUCAGAUCCCCCAAAAUACUAACUUCCUGAAGGUUAAGGUUACUGGUGUUAAGGGGGAAGGGAAGGGAGAGUGAGUUUUAGUGAGCCAGCCUAUUUGCCAAGGCAAGGUUUUCCUAGAAACAUUUAUACCCCUGUAUGGGGUCUCUAGGAAUGCUACAACCAAUUGCCACACGCUCGGGUGGCUUCCACGGCAAUGUAUUGUCUCAAGGUUCUGGAGACCGGACGCCCGACACGUUGGUAGUGUUGUUUCCUUCCAGAGCCUCUGCAGGAGAAUCUGCUCCAUCUUGUCCCCUGGUGGUCUGCAGGCUUUGGCAUUCCUUGGCUUACAGAAGCAUCACCCCGGUCUGUUCUUCGGGCUCACAGGGUGGUCUCCCCGUGUGCCUGCGCAGACAUCAGUUAGACUGCAUUAGACCCCACCCUACUCUAGUGUGAACUCGUCUUCGUUAUAUCCGCCAUGACCCUGUUUUCAAAUAAAGUCACAUUUUGAGGUCCAGGAGGCCAGGACUUCAACAUAGGAAUUUUAAGGGACACAGUUCAACCCGUAACACCAUCUCUCUGAAUGAAGCUUUGCUUUUCUGGACUAUUUUUUCCAAUCCUUGUAGCAAGUAAGUGUAAAGAGCAGAAUAUCUGGCUGCCUGACAUCAUCUGUAGUAGGAGUUAGUUACAUCACUGAGGUGCAGUAUAUUGCGCUGAUGUUGGGAAUGAAUGUCUUCCUGUUCAGUUUCUCUGAAACUGACAGCAAAAGGCACCUCCAGCACCUUAGACAGCAAAAGGCACCUCCAUUUCAGCAUCCUGAUUUCAGACUUUCUGAUAUGCUACUCUGAUCUCAAGCUUUGGUUUCUGGGGAAGUUGAGAGAUGGCCAACUAGGCUUAGAAUCCAAGCUUUCCAAAGCUGGAAGGACCUCAUCAAGUUCAAAGCCCUGAUGUUUACAGAGGAGGAAACGGGAGCCCCGGUAUAUUAAGUGGGUCUCCUCACUCCUUAGCUCCUGUGUGUCCUCACAGCACACACAACUUGUGAGUACCAAGAACUCAGCUACCCUGCCUCUUGUUCUGGGUCAUUCUUCCACGUCCCAUAUUGCUUCUCCCAGCUAUGGCGGCCAUGGGCCCCCUGGGAUACAAAAGGUCUCAAAUUCCUGGUGCCUUUGUGGUGCUUUGCUGAAGCUAGAGCACAAUCACCUCUUUUCAGUGCCUGCCACUUACCUGGGGGUGUUUUCAUGGACUGCUCAUAUUAGAAUUUGUUUUAUCCCCCUAAGCUUUACCUCUGGGACCUACUUAAAUAGAUUAUCUCUCAACUCCAUGCAUAAGCACUCUGGGAAGGAAAUUAAUUCUGAUACUAACGUCUGCCAGAUUGAACAGAAAACAUGUUUUUCCAAGAGAACAGAAAUGAUUCAUUGUAAAGCCCAGGAGAAAUUUCUUUGAUUGUCAAGGUUUUUAAUUUUUGGUUUUUGGUUUUUUUAUAUUUUAUAAUGAUGAUAUAUGUACUUACUUGCUUUUUUUUUUUUUUUUUUAGCAAUCAUUAUAUAUUUUUCCUAUUUUUUUCAAAGACUUAAGUCAUUGACCCAGCCAUGUAUAAACUAUUUACUGACUUAUGUUUUGCUUUUAGCACAGUCCCUGGAACAAAGUAGGCACUCAGUCUACUUUUGGAGGAACGACUUAGUUUCAGAGUAGAAAAGCAGAUACAGUUUUCAUGCUGACGGUUCAUUAUUGGAAUAUAAUUUGUAUAUGGUAAAAUGCACAAGCCUCAAGUGUGUCGUUCCAUAAAUUUUGACAGAUGUAUACACACAGGUGACCAUCACCAGAUCAAGAUAAAGAACAUUCCCUUCACACUAGAAAGUUCCCUCCUGCCCCUUCCCAGUCAGGACGCCCACGGUCAUGGAGACAUUCUCCUUUGAUUUCACGCAGAAGCUGAAUAUCUUAGAAGCACAGCAAACACCUAUUUCUCUGCAGUAGUUGGCUAUUUGGAGGCAAUAUGUGUAGGGCGUGGCUCCAGUCAUCAGGCCUGGGUGGAAUCCAGGGGCCACCAUUUAUUAAUGGUGGUUUAAUAAUUCCAUCAUUAUUAAUGGAAUAAUAAUGUGGUUCAAGGACUUCGUCUGAAUACUCACGUUACAAAUAGGAGGAGACCCAACCCAACAGGGUUAUCUUGACCAAUUAAAUGAAAUAAUGCAUUAAAUGAAAUAAUCACAGCAUCUACAUCGAUGUCCGUGACCAAGGCCAGCUUAAAGGCGUAUGGGAAGAAAAAUAAAUUUCCUAGAAAUACAUGGUGGGAGAGGUCCCUGAACUUGAAGGAGGGUUCCUUUCUGGAAGAGGUUUCUUCCUCUAACCCCUCCCCACCCCAUGCUCCUCAUUCUUGCGUGUGUUUCUCAGCUGCUGGGGGCGGGGUGGUUGGGGAGGGGCGCUCAGCUGCCCCCAGCACUUAGAACCGGGAGCAGCGGCACAGAUUUCUGUUCCCCGAACUCCGGGACCUGGCGGCCCCUCGUUCGCUUGUCUCUUCACCUGCCGGGUCAAAGUGCCGCCCUGGGUGCUGCGUCUGCCGCGGGCUUGGCGCCUCGGGCGCUCACCUCUGUGAGGAGACAGGCAGGUUCACCCAGAGCAGGAGCCCCACAGGGCAGACCUCAGUGGAUUCCCCAGACAGUGACCGCUCCGACCGCCCCCCCCCCCCAUGCCCUGGGUACACGCCGCCUCCGCGUCUAAAAGCAGAAGUGGGAGAGCACCGCGGCGCGUGGCUGGCCCGCAGAAAAGGCAGAGAGGGAGCAGCAGAUCUCUCUGGAAGCCCCCUGCGUGGUUUGGGAUCUGGGUGGCUGAAGCAUUUGAGAUGCCCUGACCGUGGCCGAGGGCUCCCCACGUGUCAGGGGGCCACCCCGGGGAGUCUCGCAGACCCGUCUGCACGCUCAGCCCAGGAGCUCACCCUGGAGGAGGCGCGCCGCCCUGGCACCUGCAGGCUGACUCUACCCGGGCUGCAAGCGGGGCCCAUGGUUCAGCGUUCCCCACCCCAUGGCUGCCUCAGCCCCCCACCCCCCAACCAUAGCGCCGAGAGGGGAGCUUUUCUGAGAGGGGCGGGGCGUUGGCUUGAUCAUCCGAUCGCAUCAGAAGUGCGUGCCCCUACGCGGCAUCCCUCCCUAGGCCCGAACAAGUAUUUGCAGCCUAUAAGUGAGACUUGGCUGCCCUUGUGGGUUUUCUCUACAGGGAGAUCUUUCCUGUCCGCUUUUCUUAUCAGUUAACGUUCUGGCGGCUAAACUCAAAAGAGCAGAAACGGAUUCUUUGCAAAAUGUUAGAAUAAAUCUGUGCAGGCAGGUCGCGUCCAAGCCCCACCCCCACCACGGACCAGGUGCAGUUUGAGAGGUGAAACUCAAGGUGCUGCUGCUUUGCAUUUGGACGGAAGAGCAUGACCCUCUGACCUGGUCCCCUGGAUGACCCCAUGGGGGGGCGGGGCCUGUCACUCCCGAUAUACACGAGGAAGCCCGGGCUCAGUGUCAGGACCUGCCCAGACCAAUAACUAACGAUCCCAGGAGCAGGGCUAGUAGUCCAUUCUCUCUCUCUGGGUUUAAUCCCCAUGGCAGGGAGUCCAUUUCUAAAGGGCAAAAACACCCCCCAAGGUAAAGCAGCCUAAAACAUGGUGAAUCUAAGCAAAACUAAAAAGAUGACUCCAUUUUUUCUAAUAUAAUUUAUUGUCAAAUUCAUUUCCAGUGCUCAUCCCAACAAGUGGUCUCCUCCCUGCCCAUCAACGCCUUUCCCCUCUCCUCAACACCCCCCCACCCCCGCCCCCGCUCAUCUACCCUUGGUUUGUUCUCAGUCCUUGAAAGUCUCUUAUGGUUUGCCUCCCUCCCUCUCUGUAACUUUUUUUCCCCUCCCCCUCCCCCAUGGUCUUCUGUUACACUUCUCAAGAUCCAC